UCUUUGCUGGAGUCUGGUGUGUCUGUCAAGGACCCUCUGAUCAGGGAUGCAGUGUCCUGUCUACAGAAGGCAGCUGUGAAUGUGACCAAUGUUUACACCCUGGCUCUGCUUGCCUAUACCUUUACUAUAUGCCAAGAGACAGAGUUCAGGAAAACUAUAUUCAACAAACUGGAGGAAAUGGCUGUGAGGGGAGAAGGACAGUUACACUGGGAACGCAAGUCUACUCUUUCCUCUGAUGUCCCAUACUGGCACAGAGCUCCAUCUGCAGAAGUGGAAAUGACUUCGUAUGUCUUGCUGGCUCUGGUGUCUGAACCUGAGCCUGAUCUGGGUAAAGCUGCAGAGAUUGUCAACUGGCUGAGCAAACAACAGAACCCCUAUGGAGGCUUCUCAUCUACACAGGACACAGUUGUGGCUCUUCAGGCUCUAGCCAAGUAUGCAGAGGCUACAUACAGUGAUAAGGGAGACAUGACAGUGACCGUUACUUCCAAGAAAGGAUUUAUGGAGGAGUUCCAUGUAGUCAACACUAAUCGACUCCUCCUCCAGAGGGCAACUCUACCAUCCAUCCCUGGAGACUACACAGUGACAGCUACAGGGAGUGGUUGUGUCUUUGUGCAGAUACACAGGUGCUCGAGAGACAUCCAAUAUGGCUAUUAUAGAGGUGAAAAUUUUGACUGGCUACAUUCCUGUGAAAAGCUCAUUAAGAGAGCUGGAGAGAAAACAUGUGAUCCAAAGAAGUGA